AUGAAGUGCUCUUUGCGCUUCUGCUUCCUCUCCACCGCCUUCCUGCUGGUCUUCGUCAUGUCCCUCCUCUUCACCUACUCCCACCACAGCAUCGCCUACCUGGACCCCGGCGGGCUGGGUGGCAUCCACCGGGUGAAGCUGGUGCCCGGCUACGCCGGCAUGCAGCGGCUCAGCAAGGGGGGGCCCUACCCGCGGGGCUGCUCCUGCCGCCGCUGCCCGCCCGAGGAGGCGGCGGCCGCCGACUGGUUUGACAGCCGCUACGACGGCACCAUCUCCCCGGUGUGGACGAAGGACAACAUGGACCUACCACCGGACGUCCAGAGGUGGUGGAUGAUGCUGCAGCCCCAGUUCAAGUCUCACAACACUCACGAGGUCCUCAGCAAGCUCUUCCAGAUCGUGCCGGGCGAGGACCCCUACCGCUCCCGGGACCCGCGCCGCUGCCGCCGCUGCGCCGUGGUCGGCAACUCGGGCAACCUGCGCGGCUCCGCUUACGGGCCCGAGAUCGAUGGGCACGACUUCGUCAUGAGGAUGAACCAGGCCCCCACGGUGGGUUUCGAGGGCGACGUGGGCAGUCGGACCACACACCACUUCAUGUACCCCGAGAGUGCCAAGAACCUGCCUGCCAACGUCAGCUUCGUGCUGGUGCCCUUCAAGACCCUGGACCUGCUCUGGAUCGCCAGCGCCCUCUCCACCGGCCAGAUCAGGUUCACGUAUGCACCUGUGAAGCCUUUUCUCAGGGUGGACAAAGAAAAGGUGCAGAUCUACAACCCUGCCUUCUUCAAGUACAUCCACGACCGCUGGACGGAGCACCACGGGCGCUACCCCUCCACUGGCAUGCUGGUGCUCUUCUUUGCCCUCCACGUCUGUGAUGAGGUGAACGUGUUUGGGUUCGGCGCAGACGGCCGCGGCAACUGGCACCACUACUGGGAGAACAAUCGCUACGCCGGCGAGUUCCGCAAGACCGGUGUGCACGACGCCGACUUCGAGGCCCACAUCAUCGACAUGCUGGCCAAAACCAGCAAGAUCCAGGUCUACAGGGGCAACUGAUGAAGGCUGCACCUCCUCAUCCUCCUCCCUCCUCCCCCUCCUCUUCAGCAUCUGG